UUAUACACUCCCACACAGACCCAACUUUAGCAGCUAUAGAAAGUUCAAGAGAAAAGCGGUUCUUUGUAUGUCUGGAGAAAAGCUUUGUGUGUGUGCGUGUUUAGCCUCUAUACAUGCAGGUUAGAGAUCAUGGGCACUUACUGAGCUACAGACAUGGAGCCCGUAAGAGUUUUUAUUGACACUCUAGCUAAGAGCAGACUUGUUUACCCUUCUGUUUGAGAGAGAAUGAGAGCGACCACUUUGUAUCCUCUCAUUUUUGUGUUAUGACUAACUUAAAUCAGUGCUCUGUAUCUACAUCGGAUAAGAAGUGUCUUGUUGUGUGUUGUGGCUGAUGCAGCAGACAGUGCAGAUUUAAGUGCUGUGCUGCAUGGUAACAGGAAUAAAGCUGGUACUGAAUUGUCUGUUAGGAAAGCUAAAAAACUCUAGUCUAUUUAUUGCAGUCAAAUUGAAUUGCUUUGUAUGCAGUCACGAGAAAAAAAUAAACACACAGUGAUCUGAUGAUAUUUCAAUCAAGUUUAAUAAUUGUUCAAAUGGACUAAGCAUCUAAAAAGAACUGAUCGUCUUUUAUGAAUCACUAUCUAACAAAGGAAACGUGCGCAUCAUUAACGCUGUUCAAACAACUGAAGUAUGAGCAGGGUUUUUCCCUGCAACAGGUUGGUCUGGCCUUUCACCAAAGGAAAAUCACCAGGACAAAAAUAUUUUUAACCAGCAUUUUCUAAGUAGGGGUUAGUUUGCCCAAUCUUAAAAACAAAACCAUUUUUAAUUAUUGCACGGCCAGAAAUAACAAGCAAAUGCAAGCAUUAUAAAAGGUAACAAAACCUCUUUGUCCAAGCUUUAUUUGAACCAGUCAUUUUUAUGUGCGCAGUCAAUCCCCCAAAAGGCUGAGCCUGGAAAAAACUUGAUGAGGGUCCAUGCACAUGUCCAGCCAGCUUUAGGUUUAUUAAGCUGGUUUCCCGUAUAGAGUUUGGGACAGCAACCAUACAGGAAAGACUAAAGCCAGGUAAAAUAAGGCUGGAGUACAAAGUUGUUGUGUACAAAGGGUCAUGUUGCAUUGCUUUACAGAGAUUGAUCUCAUGAGUGACAGAACUGGCAUGCUGGAUGCAGAUAAGAGCAAAGAAUGAGAUAGCCGGGAUAUGUGAAUCCAUGGGAAAGAAAGGGGAAUUCAGCUCAGAUGAAGGUGCUCUGCAAAAUACUCACAAUUAUGUGCUUGUUUUUUUUAGCUUGGUAUAAAUGGUGGGACAAAAUUGAGCUUAUUCAUUGUUUGUCUUUGUUGUGUUGUAGCUGUCAGUCUACAACAAUACAUUUCAGCCCUUCUACAAACAGCUUUCUGCAAAAUAGUUAAAAAUGAAAUCAGUGCAUUAUAAUCGUUGUUGAGGUAGGAUAUAUUCCUGUAACAAGCCUUAGCUACUCUAUUCAGAUCAAGUAUUUUCUCUGCAGUACUUCCAAGCACUUUGCAACUGGUUCUGUAAUGUGUGCCUUUCUCUUGUUUUGUAUAUAUUUCUCCUGUUUGCUAUUUAUUUCUGCUGUCCACUAUUUCAUUUUUAUUCCGGCACAGUUGAUGCGGAGCACCAACAAUUUUGUUGUGCAUGUACAGCGACAAUAAAGGGCUAUUCUAUUCUAUUUUAUUCUAUUCUAUUCUAUUAAACUGGUAACAAAGUGUAUAAAUUGUCGGUUGAGCAUAUUCUUAUUUGUAGUAACAGUAAUAUAUGAUAGCAAAUAUAAAACUCAAGAUCCGAACUGGGUCAACAGCCCGAUCUGAAUUUGUCUUCAGAGUCAUUUUAAGCUAUAGAUUGAAAAUUAUUCAGCACAAUACAUUUAAAAUGUUUUAAACAAAUAUGAAUUUAUUGUCUAGCAUAUUCAGUAUAGUUAGAGAAGCGUGUAUAUAUGGAAAGCAGGAAUGUGUAUUGGCAAGAAUAUGGUGAUACUAUGCGUACCACGAUACAAGCAUAAAUAUAUUUUAAACAUGCCAAUGUGGGUAUUAAAUAUGAGCAGAAAGAAAAAAGCUAAGCAACGCCACAAUAUUGUCUCGGUGUUAUUAAGAUGCAGCGCUAAAUUGAUUUUUAUCUGCUUGCAUGUAAGUGUGGAAACAUUCACAGGUUAGGAACUUGUAAGCUGUCACCUCAGUGAAGACACAUUCUUUGGCAUGUCCAAGCUAAUGAAUGGGAUAGAAGUAGGUCUGCGAGUCUUUUUAUCAAGGGAGAUAAUUCAGCACUCCACUCUUGUUUCCACACACAAAGGGCACACUGUGCAGCUUAGCAUUUUUAUGCUUUAUUGAGCAGGGGCCAGUGCACAAACAAAGCCAGUAAUAGCACCUAUAAACUUGUCAAUGAGGCAAUUGCAGUAUGUAAAUCAUCUGUCUGGUCACUGAUUUUUUUUUCUUUAUCCAUUAUCUUUUUUACCAGACAGACAUUUUCUCUUUUUAGUUCUGCGAUGGUUUACUUUGUGUUCUUUUGUGCAUGCAUAUGCUUCCUUUUUCCUAAGAGCCAAAGUUUCCCUUGUCCCUUUCCACCUUCACUUUCCUCACCAUUUAAGAGCCCCGGCAAAGUCAGCUUUCUUUGUUUCCACUGCACCCCUUAUCAGUUCCUGUUUUUUCCCUCCUCUCCUGCUCCUGAUAUAGCCUGAUGUGCUGAGGGAAUGCAGCUCCCAGAGGAAUUCCCCCCCCACCUCCCCCUCAUUCCUAAUUUCACUCUCACCAACUGACCCAGAGUCCCAAUACCCUCACCUCUCUUUGUUCUCCCUGACAAACUGGUCUAGUUCAGGAGUUAUUUGGCCCAGUAUGCUGCGUUUAUAGCACAACACAAAGAUCUGUGGGAUGGCCAGGCACUUCGUGGUGGAAUCUUGUGCAGAAAAAGCAGUGAGGAGGAGAGCAGAACAGUCCAGAGAGGAAGGGAGCGAGAGGAGAGAGCAUGUGGGCGGUCGGUGGGGGAUUUUGGCUGAAAAUAGAACCCUUGUCAUUUCUCCUUUAGCCGGUUUCUUUGUUUGGCAGGCAUUUGCAACUGCUGCUAUCCAAGUAGCUGUGAAGAUGAAAGUGAAAUAUCUCUGUCAGUGUUUGAGCGGCUGUUCCUGCGCGCUGGAUCAUAGACAUGAUCUGCAUAAUUUUGUUUUGGAAGAUCGGCUGUUAGUGCGCUAAUAAAAACACAUUCACCUAUGUGUUUCUGUAUUAUGAGUGAAGGUUGCAGUUGAAAAAAAUGCAUUUAAAUGUAUGGAAAACAGACUUUUCUAUACGACUGUCUAGGCUUUAAGGUCAUAGCCGUGGUAGGUUCUUGCUUAAAAAUUGGAUAUUACAAAAGUCAAACUAGUGGGAAGUUCUGUGCUAUACAGUGAUGCUGACUCAGGCUUUUUUUUGUUUAUUUUUUUUGCUUUUUUUACAUUAUGUUUUUGCUUUGUACUCUUUCUCACUCUCAGUGGAUCUUAUCCUUGUUUUUUCCAAAUGUAGCAUUAAUUUUUUUUCCCUGCUGGAUCUUUGAUUCACUAUCCUCUUAGAAAACAGACACAACCCCAUUAAGGACCUUCAUUAAGAAGCUUACAGUUGGAUUGCCUGCAGUCACACUGAGCAUAUGUUUUUUGGGGGGGGGGAAUGGUGGCUCUGAGUGUCUCACACCUUGUUUCACAAAACCUGUUUAGAAGUAACAAUUGUGAAGUCUCUGUUUCCAACCCCUAUAGCAGUGCUGUGGAAAAACAAGUUCGCCCACAAUGCAGACACACCCACAUGCACAUCCAUGCUCAUGCCAGAGAAGACUGUCAUUUCUUUCAUUUUCCCCUCAUUUUCCGCUUUGCUCUUCUUUCUUCGUUGGAUUCGAAGAGUAAAUUGUUUGGACUUGUCAUUUUGUACCGUCGGAUAAAAUCAAUCCUUCGACUUAAACCCUCCUCACCGGCAGACUGGACCCAUAAGGGCAGAAUGAAUGUCGACGCCACCAAUUUGUUGUCGUCAUCAGUAUUACCAUCUAAUACAUCUCCAGAUAUGUGCCAGUGUUUUGCUGUGCUGGAGGAUGGAGCGCUGGCACACAACCUGCAAGAGCAGGAGAUCGAGCAAUACUAUACCACCAACAUUCUGAAGAACCAGCUUGUGCAGAAUGACAUCCGUGUAGCUAAGAAGCUGCAGGAUGAAGAGGAGGAGCAGCAGGCCCAGCAGAGUGCCCUUCAGAGACAGGCCUCCAGACAACUAGAGGAGCAGGACUUUGAGUACGCCCGUGUGAUUCAGGAAGAACUCCAGAGAUGUGCUGAGGAGGCUCAGAGGAGGGAGCUGGAUGAUGAGAUGAUCAGGAGAGCAUCCAAACUUGGCACACAGGAAAUUGCCAAACGGUUGCAAGAAGAGGAAGAGGAGAGUAUCAGGAGACGAAGUAGAGGGUCAGGGAGCCAUAGUGAAGGCAGCACGAGUGACCCUGCACUGCUAUCCCUACAACAGCACACACACAACAGCGUUUGCCAGGGGGAAGAGCAGUACCCUAGCACCACCACCAGGUGGCGAUCCUCUACUUCUCACUCAGACAUAACUGGGCCUCAGACUAACUCCCCAAGGGGGUUAGCAGCUCAGAAAAAUACAACUUCAUGGUCAAAUCAAGGACACCCCAAUUCCAUUAGGCAAAUUAGGAGUGAAUUGAGAGAGCCUUUGAGUGAAAAUUCAGAUGACUCGGACACUGUUUUCUCUGAACAGCUCUCUGUUUGGUCCCAGAGGCUGAAUGAAAGAUUCAACACUGCACCUGCUCGACAGCGGGCAUCUUUACAUCAGCCACAAGAGAGAAAUUGCAGAAGAGUUUACUCUCGUAGAACAUUCUCAGACGAGUUCAGGGAGGAGAGAGAAGAGUGGGACGAGGACUUUUAUGAAAAUGGUGAUCUGAAUGAAGGGAGGCCUAGGAAUCAGGAUAAAGAGAGGAAGUACAGAGAUGAGUAUGAUAUCAGAGGUCAGGAUCCAGGCUCUCAGUUCGUCGAGUUUAGAGAAAAGCGACGCAGUCACAGUGAAUCUGUUCGGCUGCAUGACAGGGAUACACACAGCAACAGAGACUUUGCAAAGACCUGGAGCUACAAGGACAGCCCUGACAAACACGUCCGUUUUCGAGAUGAUAAGAGGAGCUCUCGCAGGGAGCAGAGUGCAAGCAGCCAAGUGUGGAAGAUGCUGGCCCGUGUCCUCAAAGAGAGGGGUGUGCCUGUGAAGCUUGGUGGCAAUGGGGCGCCACUGCAAAUAAGGCCUCAAAGCAGAGACAGCCAGGUGUUUCAUGGGAGUGAGGUCUCCUGCGGCGACUCCCAACCACAUCAGAGAGCCUUCCACAGAGCUGCUUCCACGAGGCACAGUUUCCAUGGAGAUAUUAGGGAGAGAAAGAGAUUGUCAUACCGAGAGAACAGUGGGAGAGAUCACAGAGAAGACCGAGACAGGCAUCAUGAUAAUGGAGAGAUUUAUGAGAUUAGGAGAAGGGACUCAGACCUUUCUAAAAGAGAAAGACAAGGCAGUAGAAGGUGGAGUAACAAUGAUGAGAGGGGAGAGAGGAAUGUAAAUAAUUAUAGAGUCAGGAGGGCAGCAAGCGAGCGGAGGCAUUUACACAGGACCGCAGAAGAAAGCUUAAGCUCAGAGGAGGAGCAAGACGUGGAGAGGAGAGUAAAUGUACCCCGCCGAAGAGCCCCAGGACGUAGCCAAAGUCUCAGCACCAGCAGCAGGGCUUCAACCAGGGAUAGGUCAAGGCGCACAGCAGCAGGAGCACCACUUCAACCAGAGCUGAGUGAAACUAAUCUGAGCCUGGGGGAGCUGCAGCAGGUUUUAGAAGAUGAAGAACUGGCCCUCAAGCUACAGGAGGAAGAGGAAAAGCUGUUUGGGAGGAACUCUCAGCCAUCUCAACGUUGUCCUUAUCCAGACGGGGACUUCAGAGUAGCACAAGUGGCACAGGAUGAGGAAAUUGCACGAUUCAUGCAGAAACAAGAAAUUAAAUCAAAGCGUAGAUCUCGUGAGCUGGAAGGACCUGAGUCUUGGCGUGAGCAUAGGGCGAUGAUAAAUCAUCAUGACAGACGAGCUGCAAGAGAGAGACAGGUCCAACGAGAGAGACUUGACUCAGAGGGCCUUCCUUCCCCGACUGAGGACUGCUCUCCAGAGAACCUUCCGCCAAGUCCCACCACCACUACACCAUCAGCCCAGCAGAUUAGAAACAUUGCAGAGGAAUUGGAUCCAACCUUCCAGGCGAGGAGGCAAGGCACAAUGAGCCUCCAAAUGGGACAAAUGGGUCCAGCUACUCAGCCCCUUCCUGUGCCACAGUCAGGUCUAAAUGAAAUGCUUGAGGAGCCUACAUUUAUUCCGCCAACAAAGCGUCAAACAGACAAAUCAGGACGAAGUAAAUCCAAAGAGAAGAAGGAGAACUGCAAGCAACAGUGAUCUCCAACACUGUGUUCUGCUGUAGGCCAUACACCGUUUCUUUUAUAACACUUAAUCAGUUCAGCUAGAGUUCUCAUUGCUUAUUAUUUUAGGGUUAAAACCGACACGAAUAGCAUUCACUCAGCUGCCCCUACUAGCACUUUUUUUUUAGAGCAGUGGAAUAAGGAGACUUUUUAGAUUCUCGAUUAAGUGAGUAAAGACAACAUUUUAAAAUCAUGGCUUUUAUAAAUGCUAAAGGGAAAUGUUGGGUUUGUUAUUGUAUUGUAUUUUAUAUGUAGUUAACCAGUAUACUGUCAGCUGGAUCUCUCAGUCCUCCCCAAGUUGUGCCUACACUUUAUUUACAUUACAAAUACACUAAACCAGGGCUGCCCAAUCCCAGUCCUCAAGAGCUACUAUCCUGCAGCUUUUAGAUGCAUCCCUACUCCAACACAGCUGAAUC